CAAAUGUAUCAGCAGUCCUUUUUUACGGAAAAUUACUCACUGGGGGUGAGAGUUCCGGUCCUUGGUGGCAACUUCUGGAACCAUGCGAAAGAAUUGAAAACUAUUGGUCUUAUUGGAUUUCUUUUACACACUUUUCGCCGACUAUAUGAAACUUUAUUUGUAUCUGUGUUUUCAAGUCACUCAAAGAUAAAUAUAUUUCACUUUUUAACUGGAAUCAUUUUUUAUGUGAUGGCUGUAGUAUCUCAAGUGGUCUGCUUGCAGGAGAACACUGAUACAUGUAAGAGAUUAUUAUUGAAAUUUUAUACAGUAUUUCGUUCUAAAUAUCAGCAACACCUAUGUUUUAAACGUCUGGCAAGCAUUCGGUCUGCGAAAGAUGGUGCCAUUAAACCUGAUUUAUAUGGAAUUCCAUGUGGCCAUUUAUUUAAUUAUAUUUCAUCACCGCAUUACACCAUUGAAAUUAUUCUUUAUAUAUUAUUAUCUUUUUAUUAUCGAUUAUGCAGCGUAAUGGUGUUCUGUUGUUUAUUUGUUACAGUUAACCAGACAGUAGCUGCUAUUCUGACACAUCGGUGGUAUUUAGAAAGAUAUGGAAACAAAUAUCCAGCAUCUAGGAAGGCUCUGAUUCCAUUUUUUUUAUAG